AUGGAUGACUUUCUGAUCAAGUUGAAAAAAAUUUCUGAGCAGUAUAAUAACCUAUUACUGGAAAAAAAGAUAAUAGACAAACGAAUUGGAAACGUGGAAGAAAAUAUAAAUAAAUAUGAAGAAAUCAAAGAGAAAUCGUUGAAAGAUGUGGAACUGAAAAAAAAUCAAUUGUUGAAAAAUAAAAAUAAACACAUGAUCAUGUGUCAAAAAAUGGAACAAUUGAAUAGUAAGCUGAACGAAAUACUUAUAAGAAAACAAAACAUAGAUGAUGAUGAAGAAAAAAAAGUAAUAAAAAAGCAAAUAAAUACAAUUAACAACACAUAUAUUUUACUAAACAAUGUUCAGAAGCUAAAUGAUGCAAUACUUAAAGAUGAUGGUCAUAAUUAUUAUAAAUUAAUUAUGGAAAAAAUAUAUACUAACAGUUUUAGUAAUAAAAAAACGCUAAACAUACUAAACACUUUCUUACGUAAAAGCAAAGCAAAUAUGCAGGACAAAGAUAGUGAAGAAAACAAUAAAUGCACAAAAUAUUUUAAAAUUAUUCAAACAAAUGAAAUAAUUCAAAAACUGCUAAUCCUCUUUUCAUAUGAUCAUACAACUUUAACAAUAGAUAAACAACAAUUCUUAUUUGUCCUCCUUAUGAACAUUUUAAGAAAAAUUGUGUACCUGAACAAAAAUUUCAUUACUCCUGAUAGCUCCUCCUCUAGUAGCAGCAACAAAGUUAUUUAUAAUUUUUUGUACAAUAAUUAUAUACUGCUUCUAUGA